AUGGUGCAGAGAGAGUGUGUUCGGACCUUGCCGCCAUGCCGACCAUUCGCCUUCGGGGUCUCUCUGUCGCAGGAUCGGCGGUUUGCAACGUCCACAACUCUGUUGGCUCAGCCAAGGAAUGUGGACUCGCAUGGUCCACCUGGGGUAGCGCAGACAACUGAGAUACCUACAGGGCCUGCCCAGUCACAAGAGAGCCAGGACCCUUAUUUCACUGCUGCCGACGAGGCUUACGUGACCUCCUUGCACGCGCAGGGCAAAGGACGGGGAAAUGCCUUCACCUUGGCCGGUUGGGGUAUCUUCGCCUUCGUCGCGGUCCCCCUUGCAAUGGGUGUCUACUCUCGAGAGCGAGCCAAGACGUUGGCCGGUCAAAGUGGUGGACGCUUUGGCUGGUUCUCGAACCUUUCUCCAGGUCAAAGGAUGGAGGAUGCGUGGAGGCAGGAGCUCGCAGACUCGUUUGGUCGUGUCUAUGCGGGCGUGAUGAAGGUUGCAUGCAACCUGCCCACAGGUGGCCAAGAGUUUGUAAGUCGGCAAUGGCUGGACUUUGCGGAUUGGGCUGUCAAUCUUCCUACGUACCAGCUGACGGUGCUUCCCUUCAUAGCCCUGAACACCGCGGUCUUCAUCAUCUGGUGGGUGCCUAUACCUGCCGUACAGGUCUUUAUGUCACGGAACUUCGCCACUGUCACCGGUCACAAGCGCUUCUUCACACUCUUCACUUCCGCUUUCUCGCAUCGCGGCCCUAUGCACUUUAUUCUCAAUCAAGUCGCAUUACUGUCGGUUGGCUCGGUCGCACUUGAUUCCGUGUCUAAGCUCUUUCCGAUCGAGAAGGUCAAAGAAGCCAAGCAAGGCGGACUUCUCGCUGACGGCUGGAAGCUGCCUGAAGUCGACUCUACUGCCAAGCUCCUGACUUUCUUUCUCGGUGCCGCCUUCGUUUCCGGCGGAUGCUCGUGGGCUUGGAGGAGAGUGAGGUUUGCACAAGUCCGCACAGCUUAUCAGCAGGCGGUACAAGCGGGUGCGCCUGCGCCGUAUCGAUUAGCGUCUUCGUUCAAGGGAGCGGAAGGCUCGGGCAGCUUGGGCUCCAGCGGAGUGGUGUACGGGCUCUUCACACUGACGGCUAUCAUGCAUCCUGACAGUAAAAUAGGCAUCAUCUUCCUACCGCAAGACUACGCCCUUGAUGCACGAACAGCGAUGACCGGCCUACUGUCGGUCGACCUCGGCAUGCUUCUCACGUCCAUCAUCACAGGAAGAUCUUUCUUCAUCGAUAAUGUAGCUCAUCUGGCCGGCGCCGCGUUCGGAGUGGUGUGGUACCACUCUGCGUACCUCAUCUGGGAGUACAGCAGGCUGGUGGACCCAAAGAAGCUAGCCCGUCGUGUCUUCGGCGGCGAGCAGUCAUCAUAA